CCACUCCCCCUGCUUAUGUUCCUUCUCUCGCUGUGUCUCUCUGUCGAAUAAAUAAAAUCUUUAAAAAAAAAAGAAAGAAAGUCCCACCUCCUUCAGCAUCAGAAAAUGCAGGGAAUUCUUUACACAAAAAUCUUGACUUAACACCGAAGAACACACCAGGCCGAGGUUUUAUGAGUUCAGCAUAUAGCAAGGCCUUUGUUAGAAAGUCUUGCUUCGUCGGUCACCAGAAAAUGCAGGCUGGAGGAAACUUUACAAGUGCAGCUAAAGUGGGGAAGUAUUUAGGUACAAACAAAUCUCAUUAAGCAAGGCGUGUGUGCAGGGAAUGUGGGAAAUUCUUUAGCCAAGACUCCCAACUCAUUCAGCAUCUGGGAAAGAAUGAACUGUGAGUAGAGCAGAUGGGGAAAGAUGUCAGCCAAAGUGUGUUCUAAAUUAGCAUUGGAAAAAAAACUAGUACAUAGUUUUGUUUUAAAAGUUGUGGUAAAAUACACAUCACAUGAAAUUUGCCAUCUUGUUUUUAAGGGUACGGGUUCAGGAAUGUUAAGUACAUUCACCUACAAUGGAUAUCUGUAACUUUUCAUCUUGUUAAACUUAAAUCCAUUACCCAACUCGCCGUUUUCCCCUUCCCUCAGUCCCUUGAAACCCACUGUUCUAUUUCAUAUAGCAUACUAUCCUCGUCAAGUUUCAUCCAUGCUGUAUGUUGUGUGUUAAUCUGUCUGAAUUUCCUUCUCUUUAAGGUUGAAUAGUAUCUCAUUGUAUGUGUAUGGCACGUUUUCUUUAUCCAUUCAUCUGUCCAUGGACCAUGAGUUGUUUCUACCUCUUUUGGGUAUUAUGAAUACUACUAUGGGCACGCUUAUACAAAUAUUUCUUUCAGACCUUACUUUCAUUUCUUCAGCACCUUGCUUUCCAACUAUUUUUGCAUAUAUCCCCCAAAAGUAGAAUUGCUGGACCAUAUGGUAAUAUGGUCAUUUUUUUUGAGGAAGUUUUCCAUAAUGCUGGUACCAUUUUACAUUACUGCUGUGUGUGAGGUGUCCAGUUUCUCCUCAUCUUUUUCUGUGUCUCAGUGUUCAUAAGCCCCCUUUCCCCAUGUGGUAAGUCACUUUUUUUUUUAAUUUUAUUUAUUUUUGACAGAGCACAAGCAGGGGGAGUGGCAGGCAGAGGGAGAGGGAGAAGCAGACUCCCUGCUGAGCAGAGAGCCUGAUGUGGGGCUCGAUCCCAGGACCCCGGGAUCAUGACCCGGGCCGAAGGCAGACGCUUAACGACUGAGCCACCCAGGUGCCCCACUCUUUUAUCGGUCUUAGGAUCCAAGAAAGAAUGUAAGGGUUGGAUAUAAUUAUCAGCUUUUUUUUUUUUUAAGAUUUAUUUGAGAGUGAGCACAAGUGGGAGGAGGGAGAGAGGGUCAAGCAGACUUCCUUGGGAGCUGGGAGCUGGAGGCAAGCUGAUCCCAGGACCCUGAGGUCAUCAUGACCUGAGCCAAAGUCAGAUGCUUAACAGACUGAGCCCCUCUACCUUGUUUCUAAUAGAAAAACUCCAGUUGAUUCUGAAGUUUCAGUCUAACGUGUACCUGAAAAGCAGUAAGACAGUGUUUUAGAUCUCAGCUGUGGGUGGAUGCACUUUGUGUGUGAGUAACCAUUUGUAGUUUGGGGGAACAUCUGAAAUCAUACGUAUGUCUCAGUACAUUUGUGUGGUCAGCACAGACGACAUUCCAUGGAAAUCUGGGUGUGACCCAACAAGCUGGAGCCCCGCCCCUUCCUCAAAACCUGCAGCCAUCCCUAACAAGCGCCUUUCUUGGUGUGGCUGGGCAGUUCCUGAGGUCAGGAAUGGAGACCCUCGUGGACCCUCUGGCUCCGUCAGAACUACAUUACCCGGAAGGCAGUGCGCCGUGCGUCCCCUUUACUGGGCCAAUGAGGGCUCAGGAGAGGCACUUCCGUCCUAAGCACCGCAUCUGGGCGGGCCUUCCGGCGUUGGCCCUCAGCGACAUCUUGUAAAGUUGGUUCUCUCCAGCGGUCGGAAGCUUUGGAUGCUGGGCCUCCCUGAGGUAACGGGAGGAGCGACGGGCUGCGCCGGCUGCUCUGAGAUUCAACAUAGCUGUCGCCGGGGCUGAAGACUGCGGUGCCACGCUCCUCCCCGCGGCUGCCGUGGCGAUUCCAGUUCGGGUUCUGCUUUCAGCAGAAGCACUUAUGGACCCUGCACCGGGCUCUGUGACCUUUGAAGAAGUGGCUGUGUACUUUUCCCAGGAGGAAUGGAGGCUUCUUAACGAGGCUCAGAGACACCUGUACCGUGAUGUGAUGCUGGAGGUCUUUGCACUUGUUGCAUCACUGGGUUGUGGGCGUGGAACAGAGGAUGAGGCAACAUCUUCUGAGCAGAACGUUUCUGUAGGAGGGUCACAGAUAAAUUCUACCCAGAAGGCCUACACCCAGGAACAUGGCCUGGACUCAGAAAGUGAUUUGCAUUCACCAUCACCUUCUGAGUGCCUGGCAACAAAUCCUGGCCAGAAACUGUGUGGGACACAGAGGAAAGUUCACCAGCAUCAGAAGCAGCACAGUGGAGAGAAACCCCUCGGAAGAAACGCGAAGAGCUGUGUAACGCACAUGCCAAGGAAGCCCUUCCCUGAGAGCUCAGGCCUUCUCCAGCACCAGCUCAUUCACAGCCAGGGGCCACCACCUAAGGACACCAGCUGUGCAGAGCUUUUUCGCAACAGACAAAAGCACUAUAAGUGCAGUGAAUGUGGGAAAGCCUUCUGUCGCAGAUACAGACUUGCUCAGCAUCAGAGAGUCCACACUGGAGAAAGGCCUUAUGAGUGCAAUGAGUGUGGGAAAACCUUCAGCUACAAACACAUACUUGUUCAGCACCGGAGAGUCCAUACUGGAGAGAGGCCUUAUGAAUGCAGCGAAUGUAGUAAAGCCUUCAGUAACAAACCCACACUUGUUCGGCACCAGCGAAUUCACACUGGAGAAAGGCCUUAUGAAUGCAGCCACUGUGGGAAAUUCUUUAGCCAAAGCUCCAGCCUUAGUGAACAUCAGAGAAUUCACACUGGGGCACGGCCUUAUAAAUGUAGUGAGUGUGAAAAAUUCUUCACCUCCAACUCCAACCUGAUUAAACAUCGGAGAGUGCACACAGGAACAAGGCCUUAUGAAUGCAGUGAAUGUGGGAAAUUCUUUAACCAAAGUCCCAGCCUCAUUAAACACCAGAGAAUUCACACUGGUGAAAAGCCUUAUGAAUGUAGUGAAUGUGGGAAACUCUUUAGCCAAAGCUCCACCCUCAUCAAGCACCAGAGAGUUCACACUGGAGUAAGGCCUUAUAAGUGCAACGAAUGUGGGAAACUUUUUAGCCAAAGCUUUGGCCUCACUCAACACCAGAGAGUUCAUACUGGAGAAAAACCCUAUGAGUGCAGUGAAUGUGGAGAAUUCUUUAGCCAGAGCACGCAACUUACUCAACACCGAAAAGUUCACACCCCAGAAAGCCCUCAUGAGUGCAGCAACUGUGGCAAAGUCUUCAGCCAAAGGUCUGCUCUGAUUGACCACCAGAAACUUCACAGCCCAGCUAGACCUUACAAGUGCACCGAAUGUGGGAAAGCCUUCAGCCGGAGGUCUAACCUUAUUCGACACCAGAAAGUGCACACCGGAGAAAGGCCUUUCAGUGGAGGUGGAGAUAGCAGGGAAUGAGCCCGGUGUUUAACACAGGAACAUACCACAGAAGCCUACCACCACCACAUGUCUGAACACGCCGGUCAUAGGGAGCCAUGUUGUUCUUUCUAACCUGUCCAGGACCCUUGCCACAUUUGUCACUGCAAGUUUCUUUGGUGGGUGUCCCAACUUUGUAUGCUUCAGUGGGGAUAGAUUGUAUCAUGGCACGGGCUAGCGGUCACUCUGGUUUUGGCCUGAUUUACAUUGCAACCCCAAAGCCGCCUAGGAUAGACUACAGGGCAGUGCUUUUUGUGUGACUAAUCUUGUAAUCCAGAUGUUGGGGUUUUCUGUGGGUCUAGAGGUCUCCCUGAGAGGACAGUUGUAAGAAUCAUGUGUUUUUUGAUUCAGCUUCUCUUUUUCACCUUGGAGGUCACAUGAUGUCCCCAGGUCUCUCGGGUCCCAAGAGAGAGCCAUGUUUGGAAGGCUGGUCUCCCUGACUCCAGGCAUCAGGUAGGAACCGCAUUCAGUACAAAAACACUGGGGGCAGUAGGCAGUGAGGAAAAAAACCAGCAAACUGGAGGGACUGUGAUGCUUACACGUUCCAGGGAUCAUGGCUGGUUUACAGUAAGGUUCUUGCAGAAAUUCUGAGGCCCUUAAAAGCUAACUGCUCCUCUUGCUCUCCAAGUUAAAGAAAGGUGGGGGGAAGGGAUAGUUGAAAACAGAACUAGAAGCCCAGACCCCCAAAGGCAGUAGGUAUGUGAUUUUUAUGACCAACGGAGACUUGGGCUCCCUGUUUCUUUGGACCUAUCCAGGUGAGCUCCAGUGGAAUUGCUUGCCCGCUAGUACACAGCAGAGCUCCCCCUCAUGCUAGAGGUGCAGCUAUCGAACCUAGGGUUGCCAAAUUCCUACUUUUCCCGAAGAGAGGUUCGGAUUUUUAUGUGAAACCAUUUCUGCUUGGCAUGCAAUAUACUUAUUAAAAUGUACUUUGUAAGGUCACUUAAUAAUGGGUGUGCACAAAACAAAAAUGCAACACCUGGUACACUAGUAAAAUUUUAACCAUAAGUAUUUUCAUCUUUUAAACCUUUUUCUGUCUGGCCUCCCAGGCAAAUACUAUUUUGUGUUCUCUAGAAUUUGACAUCAUUGGAAUCUUAAUGUGGGUACCAAUCUUUUUUUUUUUUUAAGAUUUUAUUUGACAGAGAAUGAGAGAGAGCACGAGAGGGAAGAGGGUCAGAGGGAGAAGCAGACUUCCUGCUGAGCAGGGAGCUCUAUGUGGGACUCGAUCCCGGGACUCCAGGAUCAUGACCUGAGCCGAAGGCAGUUGCUUAACCAACUGAGCCACCCAGGCGCCCAAUGUGGGUACUACUCUUAAAGUUGGCUUCUUAAGGGUACAUAAUACACUGUUAUUUGUUCAUCCAUUCACCUAACAAAUGGGUUUUCUGGUUUGUGUCCUGGGGCUGUCACAGGUAAGCUUACUGUGAACAUACAAAUCCUCUCAAAAUGGGUUUUGAUACAGCUAGCAGUGCAAUGCCUGAGUCUCUAAAGUGCUCGUGGUUACUCUGGUUUUUCUGUCCUCACCAAUUGAAACGUGGUCACCUUUGUUCCAGUCUUUUUGUCAUUAAUGGUUUUAAAAGGUGUGUUUAAAAGGUGUGUAGUGGUAUGUCACCAUGGUUGAAUUACGCAUUUCCCCUAACAAAUUCACAGUUUGCCACCUGUACCUCUCCCUUGCGUAAAUAUUUGCCAAUUCCAGUUGCUCUGAGUGCUGAUGAAGACAAAAAAAAGUGUUGGAACUGUGCUAGUGCAAUAAAAAUUAAAAAGGAAACCAAUUAACUUUCAGUUGUUUGUGCUGUUGACAGUGUGAUGGCCACAUACACUUUAAGGUUAGUUCUGCGUAUAAAAAUGUUUUUAAAUCUUUCCCAAUUUCCAGCUGUGAGCAUGAAAGUUGCCCACCAAAAUGUGCCUUUAGAAGAAACGGGCAGUACGUUGGCAUUAGCCAGGAGUUCAAGGGCAUACUCAGGUCUGCCCCAGAGUCCUUUCCUCAGCCCUUGCCUCUGAAAGCUGUGGAGAGUUUCAGAACUUGUUUAAGUAGUUAAAUAGAGCUGCUAAGAGCUUUCCUCUCUUUCCAUCCCCCCAACUGUCUACACCCCUCAGCAGUGAUUAGAGAAAUCCCCUGAAGAAACCACUGAUUUUGACCCAUGACGCAUUAGAACUGUGCUGUUCAGUUGGUAAUCACUAGCCAAAGGUGACUGUAUAAAUAAAAAACUCAGUUUGUCAGUUGCAUUAGCCACAUUGUGAGUAUUCAUGUGGCUAGUAGCUUCUGUAUUCAGUAACAGAGAUAAUGGAACAUUUCCAUCAUCACAGAAAGUUCUGUUGGGCAGCAGUGCAUUAGAAUAUUUUCAUGCUGUCCUUACUCAAAUCAGUUCAUUUUUGUUAGAGAAUGUGGAUACCUUAAUUUGAUGGGUCAUAAUGUUCCAUGGAACUUCUUGAAGAUACAAUUGUAUAUGUUCUUUUUAUUUUUCAUAACUCCCACUGGUCCUUUUCAGUUUCCUAUAAAGUUUGUUGUUUCCAGAAAAAAAAAAAAGGGCAGUAAAUGGUCUGUUUUCAGCAACUACUGCUACACAAACAUAGCAAAUAGUAAAAUGCACUCAUGUAUCAAAGGGAUGAGUUUUAAAGAUAUUACUAUGCAAAUAAAGGAUUAAAUCAAUUUAAACUUCAAAUAAAUUAAGUUC